GUACGGGCGGGGCAGCACAGCCUGACCACGCCCACCGGGCGGGAGCAGUACGCCACGGCCGUGGACAUCGUGGUCCACCCGGGUUUUACCGUCACGGGCGGCGACCACGCCUACGCCGAUGACCUCAUGCUUUUGCGCGUCGAACCUCCUUUCGUCAUCACCCCCGAGGUCCAACCCCUGCCCCUUCCCAGAAUUCCACCGGCCAAGGGCACCAACUGCACCGUCAUGGGCUGGGGGACCACCACCAGUCCCCAAG